AUGGCUCUUGGAAAUAGCUCUUUUGUGACUGAAUUCAUUUUGUUGGGAUUAACAGACCAACCAUAUCUCCAACUCCCCCUGUUCUUCCUGUUUCUAAUAAUGUAUAUGGUUACUGUGUUGGGAAAUAUGGGUUUGAUAACUCUAAUUGGACCAAAUUCACACUUACACACCCCUAUGUACUUUUUUCUUUUUAAUUUGUCUGUAAUAGAUCUCUGCUAUUCUACUGUGAUUACACCAAAAAUGCUGAUUAAUUUCAUAUCAAAAAAUGUUAUCUCCUACAUGGGAUGCAUGACCCAGCUCUACUUUUUCUGUUUUUUUAUCAUUUCUGAAUGCUAUGUGCUGACAGCAAUGGCCUAUGAUCGCUACGUGGCCAUCUGUAAACCACUUUUGUAUAAUGUUACCAUGUCCCCUAAAGUGUGUUCCAGCCUUUUGCUUAGUUCAUACUUGAUGGCAUUUUCUGGUGCCACAGCCCACACUGGAUGCAUGCUGAGACUGACCUUCUGUGAUGCAAACACCAUCAACCAUUAUUUGUGUGACCUCUUUCCUCUACUCCAGCUCUCCUGCACGAGCACCUACAUCAAUGAGCUAGUAAAUUUUAUUGUGGUGGGCAUCAACAUCAUUGUGCCUAGUCUCACCAUCUUUGUCUCUUAUGGUUUUAUCCUCUCCAGCAUCUUCCGCAUCAGCUCUGUGGAGGGCAGGUCCAAAGCCUUCAGCACCUGCAGUUCCCACAUAAUUACGGUUUCUCUCUUCUUUGGGUCAGGUGCAUUUAUGUAUCUCAAACCAUCUUCUGCUGGAUCCAUGGAUGAGGGCAAAAUCUCUUCUGUCUUUUAUACCAUUGUGGUUCCCACAAUGAACCCUUUAAUCUACAGUUUGAGGAACAAAGAUGUUAAAAUUGCUCUGAGAAAAACCAUGAGUAGGACAAAGUUUUGA